GGAUGCCCUGCGAUUGACUGCUCAGGUCUUCCUCGCCGCCGCAGCUGAGCAUUGGCGGGAUGGACUCCUUGUGCGGCUCCGGGGAGCUCGGCUCCAAGUUCUGGGACUCCAAUCUGUCGGUGUACACAAACAACCCAGACCUCACUCCGUGCUUCCAGAACUCCGUGCUGGCCUGGACCCCCUGCAUCUACCUGUGGGCCACCCUGCCCUGCUACCUGCUCUACCUUCGGCGCCGCCACCGAGGCUACAUCGUCCUCUCCCACCUCUCCAGGCUCAAGACGGCCGUGGGCGUCCUGCUGUGGUGCGUCUCCUGGGCCGACCUCUUCUACUCCCUGCAUGGCCUGGUCCACGGCCGGGCCCCUGCCCCCAUCUACUUUGUCACCCCCUUGGUGGUGGGGGUCACCAUGCUGCUGGCCGCCCUGCUGGUCCAGUGUGAGCGGCUGCAGGGGGUGCAGUCCUCGGGGAUCCUCAUCAUCUUCUGGUUCCUGUGCGUGCUCUGUGCCAUCAUCCCCUUCCGCUCCAAGAUCCUUUCGGUUAUGGCAACGGGCGAGAUCGAGGACCCCUUCCGCUUCACCACCUUCUACGUCUACUCCGCCCUGGUGCUCCUUGCCUUCGUCCUGUCCUGCUUCAGGGAGAGGCCGCCGCUGUUCUCCCCGAAGAACGCGGACUCAAACCCCUGCCCAGAGGCUGAUGCCGGCUUCUUCUCCCGCCUGACCUUCUGGUGGUUCACAAAGUUGGCCAUUCUCGGCUACCGGCGUCCUCUGGAAGAGCGAGACCUCUGGUCCCUGAACAAGGAAGACUCCUCCGAGGUGGUGGUGCAGAGGCUGCUGGAGGCCUGGAAGAAGCAGCAAAAGCAGGCAGCACGACACAGGGUCGCAGGGGCACCUGGGAAGACAGUCUCCGGUGAGGAUGAGGGGCUGCUGGGGAGCCGGCCCAGGCCCCGGGAGCCCUCCUUCCUGAAGGCCCUGCUGGUCACCUUCGGCCCGGGUUUCCUCAUCAGCACGUGCUUCAUGCUGGCCCAGGACCUGCUGUCCUUCGUCAAUCCCCAGCUGCUCAGCGUCCUGAUCAGAUUUAUUUCAAACCCCAUGGCCCCCAACUGGUGGGGCUUCCUGGUCGCCGGGCUGAUGUUCGUGUGCUCCGUGAUGCAGACGCUGUUCUUGCACCAGGCUAACCGUUACAUCUUUGUGAUGGGGUUGAGGCUUCGUACGGGGAUCAUAGGCGUCAUCUACAGGAAGGCUCUCAUCAUCAGCAAUUCAGUCAGGCGUGAGUCCACCGUGGGGGAAAUUGUCAACCUCAUGUCAGUGGAUGCCCAGCACUUCAUGGACCUCACCCCCUUCCUCAACCUGCUGUGGUCAGGCCCGCUGCAGAUCAUCCUGGCCAUCUACUUCCUCUGGCAGAACCUGGGUCCCUCCAUUCUGGCGGGAGUCGCUUUCCUGGUCUUGCAGAUCCCACUCAAUGCAGUUGUGGCCAUGAAGAUGCGUGCUUUCCAGGCGAAACAAAUGAAGUUCAAGGACUCGCGCAUCAAGCUGAUGAGUGAGAUCCUGGGUGGCAUCAAGGUGCUGAAGCUGUAUGCCUGGGAGCCCAGCCUCCAGCAGCAGGUGGAGGGCAUCCGGCAGAGUGAGCUCCGGCUGCUGCGCCGGGCUGCCUACCUCCACGCCAUAUCCGUCUUCACCUGGAACUGCACCCCCUUCCUGGUGACCCUCAUCACCCUCGGGGUGUACGUGUCCGUGGACCCAAACAACGUGCUGGACGCCGAGAAGGCCUUUGUGUCUGUGUCCCUGUUCAAUAUCUUGAAGAACCCCCUCAGCUCAUUGCCCAAUUUAAUCAGCGGUCUGACUCAGACCAGCGUGUCCCUGAAACGGAUCCAGCAUUUCCUGAGCCAAGAUGAACUUGACUCCCAGUGUGUAGAAAGAAAGACCAUCACCCCAGACCAUGCUGUCAUCAUAGAGAAUGGCACCUUCACCUGGGCCCAGGACCUGCCCCCAGCCCUGCACAGCUUAGACAUCCAGGUGCCAAAGGGGGCACUGGUGGCCGUGGUGGGGCCUGUGGGCUGUGGAAAGUCCUCCCUGGUGUCUGCCCUUCUGGGAGAGAUGGAGAAGCUGGAAGGCAAGGUGUUUGUGAAGGGCUCCGUGGCCUAUGUGCCCCAGCAGGCCUGGAUCCAGAACUGCACUCUUCAGGAAAAUGUGCUAUUUGGCAGAACCCUGGACCCCAAUCGCUACCAACGGGCCCUGGAGGCCUGUGCGCUGCUGGCCGACCUGGAGGUGCUGCCUGGAAGGGACAAGACAGAGAUUGGAGAGAAGGGCAUUAACUUGUCUGGGGGCCAGCGGCAGCGAGUCAGUCUGGCCCGAGCUGUUUACAGUGAUGCCGACGUUUUCUUGCUGGAUGACCCACUGUCAGCUGUGGACUCCCACGUGGCCAAGCAUAUCUUUGACCAAGUCAUUGGACCAGAAGGUGUGCUGGCAAGAAAGACACGGGUGCUGGUGACGCACAGCAUCAGCUUCCUGCCCCAGAUGGACUUCAUCAUAGUGUUGGCUGACGGACAGGUGUCCGAGGUGGGCACCUACUCAGCCCUCCUGCAGCGCAGCGGCUCCUUUGCCACCUUCAUCCACAACUACGCACCUGAUGCGGGCGAGGAACCCCCGGAGGAAGACAGCAAGACUGCAGCUUUGGACAACCCGGAGGGCGAGGAGGUGCCGCUGAUUGAAGACACGCUCAGCAACCACACAGACCUGAUGGACAAUGAACCAGUCACGAGUGAGGCCCAGAAACUGUUGAAGAGGCAGCUGAGUGCCAUGUCUUCGGACGGGGAGGGCCAAGGUCAUUCUGUGCCCCUGAAGCACCUUGGCCCAGCAGCAAAGGCAGUGCAGGCAGCCAAAGGGAAGGCAAAUGGGACGCUGAUUGAGGAGGAGAAGGUGGAGGUGGGCAAGGUGAAGGUGAACGUGUUCUGGGAUUAUGCCAAGGCUCUGGGGCUUUCCAUCACACUGGCCAUCUGUCUGCUGUACGCGGGUCAAAGUGCAGCUGCCAUCGGAGCCAGCAUAUGGCUCAGUGCCUGGACCAACGAGGCUAUGGUGGAUGGCGGACAGAACAACACCUCCCAUAGGCUGGGUGUCUAUGCCGCCUUGGGAAUUCUGCAAGGGAUCCUGGUGGUGCUGUCGUCCAUCUUGAUGGCAGUGGGCUCCAUUCGGGCCGCGCGCUUGCUCCACCAGGCGCUGCUGCGCAACAACAUGCGCUCGCCACAGUCCUUCUUUGACACGACGCCCUCGGGCCGUAUCCUCAACCGCUUCUCCAAGGACGUCCAAGUCAUCGACAUGGUUCUGGGCCCCGCCAUCCUCAUGCUGCUGAGCUCCUUCAGCACCUGCAUCUCCACCCUCGUGAUCAUUGUGAUCAGCACGCCGCUCUUCACGGUGGUCAUCCUGCCUCUGGCUGCCUUCUACAUCUUCGUGCAGCGCUUCUAUGUGGCCACAUCACGGCAACUGAAGCGGCUGGAAUCUGUCAGCCGCUCGCCCAUUUACUCCCACUUUUCGGAGACGGUGACCGGCUCCAGCGUCAUCCGGGCCUAUGGCCGCAUCCAGGACUUCGAGGCCAUCAGUGAUGCUAAGGUGGACAACAACCUGAAGAACGCCUAUCCCAACUACUUCUCCAACAGGUGGCUGGGAGUCCGAGUGGAGUUCGUGGGGAACUGUGUCGUGCUCUUCGCUGCACUCUUUGCUGUGAUUGGGAGAAGCAGCCUGAGUCCAGGGAUGGCGGGCCUUUCUGUGUCCUACGCCCUACAGGUGACAUUUUCUCUGAACCUGAUGGUACGAAUGCUCUCAGAGCUGGAGUCUAACAUUGUGGCUGUGGAGAGAGUCAAGGAGUACUCCAGGACGGAGACUGAGGCCCCCUGGGUGAUAGAGGGCAGCCGUCCUCCUGCAGGCUGGCCCACCCAGGGCGAGGUGGAGUUCAGGAAUUACUCUGUGCGCUACCGGCCGGGCCUGGACCUGGUGCUGAAGAGCCUGAGUCUGCACGUGAGCGGUGGCGAGAAGGUGGGAAUCGUGGGCCGCACUGGGGCUGGCAAAUCAUCCAUGACCCUCUGCCUCUUCCGCAUCCUGGAGGCCUCAGAGGGUGAAAUCCGCAUCGAUGGCCUCAACAUAGCAGACAUAGGACUCCAUGACCUGCGUUCCAAGCUGACCAUCAUUCCCCAGGAACCCAUCCUGUUCUCGGGGACCCUGCGUAAGAACCUAGACCCCUUUGGCAGUUACUCCGAGGAAGACCUGUGGCAUGCCUUGAAGCUGUCCCAUCUGCACACGUUUGUGAGCUCCCAGCCAGCAGGCCUGGACUUCGAGUGCUCCGAGGGAGGGGAGAAUCUCAGUGUGGGUCAGCGGCAGCUCGUGUGCCUGGCCCGAGCCCUCCUCCGCAAGAGCCGAAUCCUGAUUUUGGACGAGGCCACAGCCGCCAUUGACCUGGAGACGGAUGACCUCAUCCAGGCUACCAUCCGCACAGAGUUCGAGGCCUGCACGGUGCUGACCAUCGCACAUCGGCUCAACACCAUCAUGGACUACACCAGGGUCCUGGUCCUGGACAAAGGGACAGUGGCUGAAUUCGAUUCUCCGGCCAGCCUUGUUGCAGCCAGAGGCAUCUUCUACGGGAUGGCGAGGGAUGCUGGACUUGCCUGAAACAUAUUCCUGGGAUUUCCUGUUCUUCUUCAGAAAGGGAAAGGACACCAAAUAUGUCUGCAGAGUGGACUUGAUAGCAAUUGCCAGGAGCAUUUGCUAGAUUUUUGCCUUUGGAAGCACUCCUCAGGAUAACUGUGCUACAUGCUUUAGAAAAGGAAGGGAGGCCCAGAAGGUGCCUGACAUGCCCAAGGUCACAGACGGUUUGAGGCAGAGCCCAGACUAGUCCUGGGUCUCCCGAUUCCGAAUCUCGUGUUCUUUUCCCACUACGGUGCUUGCAGACAUGUCAUGGAAUGACCUCUGUAUCCCUGUAUGAUUCAUCCCUGUAUUUUCUAAUCUGAAGGGGUUUUUUUUUUGUUUUUUGUUUUUAAAUUAAGCUUUUCCCUCCUGGAACAGAAGAUUGCCAGGUCAGACCGUCCCCAGGAACCGAGUCCGGUACUCUGGAGUGCUGGCCUGAAUCCAUUAAAAAUGGAGCACUGGUGAAAUGAA